AUAUGCAGUCGGUCAAAAGAACGGGGUCUCUUAAGUCAACCGGCAGGGGGCGCUCUGCCACCAGGUAGCUGCUACCAUAAGACAUGACGGCGACUGUUAUUUUUGACGUUUUCUUUUUCUGACACCAACAUAUGAGGAGCUAAAUGCCUUCGAGAUACGACAUUGAACAAAGUCAACCAUGAACUUCAAUGUAGGACAUCGUGUGAGGUGCAGGCAGCCCACCGCGCCCCCUUUCUCCAACAGGACCCUGCACCACCCGUCUUUCCUGCCUGUGUACAUGGCUACAGAGUUUGCACACCAUCACACCGACUGUAACAACCAAACAGUCCAUCCCAUCAUCCCAGCGGAGUUCUUCUACACUGAUCCCACCAUGAGCUGUGGGAGGAGGAUCCCCAACAUAGUGAGUGAGUUGAGGGUUUCCGAUUGCUUCCAGCUCAACACUCCGCCACCAGUUAUGUCCGCCUGCCCAGCUCCACCGUCUCGUCCAGACCCAUUCAGAUCAGAACCACACCCCGCCAGGGAUCUGGGCAGCCUCACCUUGAAAAGAAAUACUCUUCACCCUCUAGUGCAGCCAAGCCGUGUUAUUCUCCAGCUUACCCAGGAGGAAGACCAGGCCAUUACUAACCUCCUGAAACUGCACCACCAACAGCCUAUACAGAGUGAUGAGACCCUUGCUGCUCUGCAAAUGGUCUCUUCCAGUGUAGAGUUGAACCCCAUCUCAUUCCUUCACCCUAACCUUAUGGACUCCACUUCAGCUGAGGAAGUAUACAAGCCCUUCUGUAGCGAUGAGCAGUAUCCAAGGCAGCAGGGAAGGUCUUGGUCAGAUACGGAGCUUGAGGCAGCUAACACCCUCUUGAGUUGUUUCAGCCUGAUGGAGGAGGAAAUCUGCGGCCUAAACCACAGUAAAUCAGCAGUAAAACCUUCUGACCCUCUGCUUUACCAGCAUCACAAGGACUCAUCAAUAAGCACUGAAACCCCAAAAGGAUCUGAGAGUUUUCCUGCAUUAACAACUGCUGGUUGUACCCAAAACGACAUUGGCUACAUCGGCUUUAGUCGUGCCAGGGAAUAUGGAGAACCAGGCUGGGGGGAUUUUGGGUUUGUGGUGCGAAGGAGAGAUGAUGUUCAUCUGCCCGUUCGUGAGUCUACACUGUUCUCAGACUCAAAGGCAAAAAGCACAUCAGGCGCCUCUGGAGAUUUUUUAGAAAUGAAGGAGCGUACGCUCUCAGAUUCUGAGGGAGAUGCUGUGCAAGUACUCCUGAGCCUCGGGGACAUGGGAGCGCUGGAUAUCGUGCAGUGAUUGUCUUAAAUCUGAGGCUCUUGUCCAUGGGUGAGUUUGUAAGGGACUUUACUACCUCCUUUCUCAUUAUGGAAACAACUAUUUGAGGGUUCUUUGCACUAGUUGCUCUGAAAGUAAUUUUUUUUUCUAGGAUGAGAAUUAAUAAAAUCUACCUGAGUAUUGCAUUACAUUUCCCUUGUAAUUUUCUUACUACUGUAUCAGUGUUUAAUAAAAAUGAUCAACAGUUGAGCCUCGAGCUAAAAAGACACGUUUUUAUUAAAAGCACUAUGCACUGUUUUUGAAAGAGAAUCCUCCCCACUCAUUAUUUACAACAUAUUGUACAUUUACAGCAUAUCCACAAAUAAGAUCCCAUCUUUACUGACAAGCGUCAGGGGGAGCUACAGUAUUAUUCCACAAUGGCUACUGACACAAGCUAACAAGCUAUUGGACAGCACGAAGACUGAAACGUCAUAACGACAGUACAGCUCAGCACACACUUACAUGCCUUUUCAAAGCUCUGGGGCUUGAUAUGAUCCUGACAGAAGUCCUGGUGUGUAAUUUUGAGUUCAUUCAAAGGCACUUCCUGAUUUUGUUUUGUGGUGAGAGAUAUAUAUUCCUUUUUAAAUGUUAACACUGUUGAAUUUCAGUAAAUGUGUUUUUACAAGAUUCUUGUAUCAUAAAAACAUGUUCUCCUGUAUUCUGGCCACCUUAGUAGUGACACAAGAUAGGCUGUUGUGCAUGGCAGGAAUGAAAAGUAUUUAACUUGUGUGGUCAUGUGACAACUGACACCAGGCGUUUACAGGAACGCCCAACUCUUUUUUUUUUUUGCAGCAGGUCUGUAUUUGUACAAUCUGGUCGAGCAAUAGCUGGAAUGAUUGGCAUUUUUACAUGUGCCGUUUCAGUUUUUGCAGAGGAGGCGUUAACAAAGGUUUGCAUGCUCACAAGAAGAGGUAAACUCUACAGCUGUAGUAAUGCUCUAAGAUGCUGAUCUUUGUUAUUGAAUGCAUGCCAUUCAUAGUGUCUGUCAGUGUCUACCUCAAGCUCCCAGCUGCACACUCGCGUACUCCAGUGAGAUGAUUGCAGGUCUGUCAUAUCUCAUGAUCUUCACCCUUCUCCUUUUAUCUUUCAUUUCCUGGUUGUUAGAAACUCUCACUUCAACUCAAAGUCACUGAAUAAUCUUUGUACAGAGUUCAUUUCUGAGGAUAUUGUAUCCAUUCAUUGGCUCUUAA